GCUUAUAUUUUUUCAGGCUAAAAGAAAAAAAAAGGAAAAAAUACAAUAAUUUCUGCGUGUUAUGUGUUAUUGUUGUGAUCAGUGAUCAGUGGAACGAACCAAGUGAAAGUGAACACAAGAACGAAAGGGAAAGCAAAGUGAAUCAAUUUGGGUCCUACCAAAGAAAUAGAAUAUAAAUCAAAGAUAAUGUCGGACAUUGAGGAUGUUUUCGGUGGCUCCGCCGAGGAGACCAAGCCCGAACCCGAUGCCCAAAGCAAAAGCAGUGUGGUCACCGAGCAAACCGAGGAGGUAAUUCCCGGGGAAACCGAGAAAAUGGUCACAGAGACCAUCGAUGAGGACGGUGAUGUUGUGGAGGAAACCACCGAAGUUACCCGCAAAACGGUGAAGCGCACUAUGAAGAUCACUGAGACUUCAGCCACCACAAAGACAACUACGCUCACCACCCCCGCCAAACUUUAUGGCAAGGACCUGAGUGAGUAUGACGAUGUGGACGUGGAGAGCCUGCUGGCCCAGCUCUCGCCUGAAGAGAUAACUAUACUGGCCAAAGAAGUGGAUCCCGAUGACAACUUCCUGCCGCCAGACCAGCGUAACAGCUACGAGUGCACCAAGGAAGCCACUGGGCCAUUAAACCGCAAGCAGCUGAUCGAACACAUCAACAAGCAGGCGAUCGAGACACCCGAUCAGCCGGAAUUCGAGCCUUUUGUCCAGGGCACAGUGCGCGGCAAGAAGUGGGUGCCGCCGCCAAGGGAUGCCCGCGAGAUCGAGGCCGAGGAACAGAUCGCCAUCGACAUGGGCGAGGAGUACGAGCAUGCCCUGAACGAUGCCACGCAGGAGGAGAUCAUCGAUCUGGCCGCCAUCCUGGGCUUCCACUCGAUGAUGAACCAGGACCAGUACCACGCCUCGCUGCUCAACAAGGGACAGCCCGUUGGCCUCGGAUGGGAUGGCAUCACAAAGUCCACCCAGCAGAAGCUCUUCCCCAUGGAUCCGCCAAACAGCACAGAUGUGGAGGAGUCCAUCAAGCGGGUCAAGGACGAUGACUCCAAGCUGAUUGACCUCAACUUGAACAACAUUAAGAACAUCUCAGACGAGAAGCUCGAGCAACUGUUUGCCGCACUGCCUCAGAACGAACAUCUGGAAGUCCUCUCGCUGACAAAUGUCGGCCUCACCGACAAGACAGCCCUCCUUUUAGCCGAGGCCAUCGAGAAGAGCAAAACCCUGAGAGUAUUAAACGUCGAGACCAACUUCAUAAGUCCGCCCGUGAUCGUUAAGUUGGUGCAAGCCCUGCUCAAGUGCCACACCAUCGAGGAGUUCAGGGCCUCCAAUCAGCGAUCUGCGGUGCUGGGCAACAAGAUCGAGAUGGAGAUCACCGACCUGGUGGAGAAGAACUCGUCGCUGCUGCGCCUCGGAUUGCACCUGGAGUUCAACGACGCCCGCCACCGAGUGGCCGCUCACCUGCAGCGCAACAUCGACAGAAUCUUCCGCGUUCAGAAACUCAAGCCGAAUCUGCCGAAGUUGAUCCUGCCCGGUAACUUGGAGAUUGAGCGUGAUCUUAUUGCCUAUAACCGAUCGGCCACGCCCUCUCCGUCGCCUUCGCCGCAGCCCCCAGUGGAUUAUGAUGUGGAAGUGGAUCCGGAUAAUAUGGUAGUCCGGGGCGGCGGCGAUGCCUUCGAUCCGGAGAUCGACCCCGACAACAUGGUGGUGCCGGGCAGUCGGUCCGUGACACCGAACUACGAUGAUGAAGGUGUCUACCAAGCGCACACGAAUUAAACUGCGAUGUAUGAUCUAAGUGAGUCCCCCAGAUCCGAGUCAAAGUAAAACGAUAGUAGCAGAAACCCACAACAAACAUAGUUUUAUGAUUCAAUAAGAACCAACAACUAACAGCAGAAAUGAAAAAUGAAGCACCACCGACAAGAAGAGCCAUGAAAAAAUCUACAGAUAUAUAUAAAAACACGAUGCAAAAUAUGUGAAACAGAUGAAAAUACGUGUGAAACGCCUGAACCAGCGUAAAUAAAAAGACAAAAAACGAAAUAUAUAGCAGCAACCAACCAACAACAACAUGCCACCAACCCAAGAACAACAAUCAACCAGAAAGCCAUCUAUAUGUGUGUGUGUGUGUGUUUGUUUGUCCAACUCUUGAUUUGAUUUGAUUACCAAUUAACAAGCAAACCCAGCAAGACAACCACCAAACCAACAACACCACCAGCAAGCCACAACAACAACAACGAGAACAUGAGCAACCACGGCAACAAGAACAACUGAUCUAUGUUAAUCCAAACUUACCCCACCAACCGACCUCUGUAAUCCCCGAAACCAAUCCACCAAAAGAAUCCAACCAACCAGCUGUAAACUAACACCGAAGAAUGAUGUGUGACAUGAAUUGGACGUCAGCGUCGCAUGGGACACCUGAGCAGGAACUACACCAUUGGCGUCUGGCAGUAGGAAUCAUUGAAAUAUGGAGUCCACAUUUUAAUCCCGAAACAAAAAAUGCAAUAGCCUAAACAUAGUGUUGUCAUAUUUGUUGUUGUUCUCACGCGGAGCAUUGUUUUAUUGUUUUGUUUAAUGUUUGUUGCGUUCUUCAGAUUGAUGACUUCGGUUCGAGUUUGUGUUCGGUUCACCAUAUAUAAGCAUAAUCAUUUGUUUGUUACGAGUUAGACGAAUGUUCAUUGUCACCCACACACACACAGGCAGAUCAAGGAUUUACUUUCUAUCUGGCAGCUCUAAAAUAUUACUUUCCUUAAGCAAAAUCUUCACAUUUACGCUGCAGUUACACACACGCCUUUUGCGUCGAUCACUUUGAUUAUUUUAUUUUAUUUUAUUUACCUUCCAUUCUGUCCCUGUCGUUCUUUUAGCCCCUAGACGGGGCCAUGUUUCACAAUUUUUAGUUUUAGUCGUGUUUAUAUCCACACAUGCACACACACAUGAUACAAACACAUACAUAAUACUUAUAUACACUUUAUAUAUAUGAUACAUAUAUAGCCAUGGUCUCUGAAACAAUUUACUGCUAUUGAAUUAUGAAAAUGCUUAAACAUAAAUUUAACUUAUGGUUAAACACACAAAUGAAAAACAAACAAUUGUAUAAUGUAAUGAUAUAUCUUACUUUAUAUGACAUAAUGCAAUGCUUUUAAAAUACAAUUUUUAAAAAUCAUGUAAAAACUAUAAAAUUAAAUAAAAAAAAAUACAAAAAAUA